AUGGCAAAGACAAAAGGAAAUGAGAGUAUGAAGAAGAAGAAGAACCCAUUCAUGGAACCACCAAAGAAACAAAUCAAGCUAGGGAGUAGUAGCUCCAAUGCAAGAGCAGCAAUACCAACUUCACCACAUUCCAUUGAUGCAAAUCAAGAACAUGUGGAGAGUCCAAGAAGAGGAGAAGAUGAUUGGGCACUUGUAACCUUUGUUGGAGAACAAAAUCAAGACCCAAGAAAGUGUAAGAAGGCAAUGGAGAAGGUGAACAUCGAGCCAUGUGUGAAGAUGGACACCCAAACCCUUGAUCUUCUCAAGAUAAGAGAUGAUGUCACAUGGUACAUAAGGAAGCUAGGCUUGAGCAAGCUCUUCAAGCUAGAAUGUAGUGAGUACUCACAACUCACCAAGGAGUUCCUCUCCACAGUAGCUCUUGCCUUUCCCAACCACAAUGGAGACCAACCAGCUGGUGAUGGACUCCUACUCUUCAAGAUAGGCGAUGCCAAUGGGCGCAUCUCCAUCUCAGCUCUAUGCCAACUCUUUGGACUUCCCAAUGAGACAGCACAUGACUUCAAGGAGAACUCAAAGAGGAAACAAGCUGCCUUUGCUGAUUGGACACACUUUGCCAAUGAACCAUUCUUGCCUUCAAGGUCAAAGGUGUCUAGAAUCACCCAUCCAGCCAUUCGCUAUGUGCACCGCCUCAUCUCCACCACUUUCCAAUGCAAACAAGAAGCCAACAAGGUCACAACUGAUGAGUUCUACAUCCUCACCACACCAUUCAUCAAGCAUGAGUACAAGGCCAACCUUGGACUUUUACUUGCCAAGACAUUCAUCAAUGUGAGGAAGCUAGCUCAAAGACUUGGAAGGCAACAAGAAGCUUUGUGUUCGUUUUGGGAGGCUUAUCACGGCCAUAGUACAACAUGUGGGGAUUGA